AUGUCGAACGACGCCCAAUCGCGCCUCCUUGAUCCUGCCAUCUUCCCCCAUCUGAAGGAGAAGAUCGAGCAGGAGCUCCAGGUCAAGGACUCUCUGACGCAAAUCGUCCAGAAGCUAGAAGCCGCGAACUCGUAUGCUGAAGGCUUGCUCUCUCGCAUCCAUGCCACCCCUCGCCAAAACUACCCUGAACUUCUAGCCCAGGUUGAGGUAGAGAUCAAGAAGGUCAUUGAUAUUGUCAAGGAGCUUUCCGACUUUGCUUCUCAGUACCCCUACUACAAGUACAACCAGAAAUGGUCAUGGACUAUCAACCACGUCCUCUUCACCGUGAUCCUCUGCGGAUUCCUGGGAGGUAUGGCCACCGAGACGAAGCCAGGUGAAUUCGGCCGUCUCCUCACCCCAGAGGACGUUAGCGAGAUUCUUCAAGUCCCUGUAAAUCUCAAGGAUCGGGACGCCUUCCAUAUCACCAUCGAAGAGUACCUCACCGCCCUCACCAUGCUCUGCGACGAGCUCAGCCGUCUCGCGACCAACAGCGUUACACUCAAGGAUUUUGACCAGGCUGUCCAGAUCCAGUCUUUCGUCAAGGAGCUCUUCGCUGGCUUCCUCUUGCUCAACCUCAAGAACGAUCCGUUGCGCAAGCGCGUCGACGGCGUCAAAUACGCUGUCAAGAAGACGGAGGAGAUUGUUUACGAUCUUACUGUGAGGAAGUUGGUUGCGCCGCCUGGCGAAGCUUCGGGUUCUACUGAGAUGGAGAGCUGA